AUGGAAGCCCCCCUAUCAAGCAAGAAAGAAGCGGCUCUUUCCACGGCGGAACCCGGAAAGGAGAAGGGCCGGUGGUGGCCAUUCGGGAAAGUGGGGCCGAUCAGGUGUCUUCAUUCAAGCGACAAUACAGAAGAAGAACGAAACAAAGUGAGAGGCCGGGGGGCAGGGAAAAGAGUCGAGUCGAUCAGGCUCGACGACCGGGAGAAGGAAAACGAAAGAAGGAUUUGGCCGAAAAAGAAGGAAGGCUAUGGAUACCAUGACCGAUCACCAUCGAGAAAGAAGAAUCUUUCUAAAUUACUUCUGGUCAGCGGGGCCUUCAAGCAUCCGAAAGACGCCGGGGUUGUAAAUGACAUAUCCUUCCUGAUAGAAAAUGACGACUCCUUCAGAAAAACGAAGUUAUUCCAUUUCUUUUUCCCAAAGAAGUCCCGCUCCGACGGCCCGACGAGUCAUCUACUUAAAAGUAAAAGGACCCUCCCCGCAGUGCGCCUCUCCUUGAAUUAUUUGGUCAUGCAAUAUUUUUUGAAUACAAAGAACCAAAUUCAUUUCGACCCCGUCGUAGUUCUCAAUCAUUUCGUGUCACCGGGCGUGGCUGAACCAUUUACGAUGGGGGGAGCGAAUGCACAGGGAAGAAGCUUAGAUAAGAGAAUACGUUCUCGCAUCGCCUUUUUUGUAGAAAGCUUGACCAGCGAGAAAAAGUGUUUGGCCGAAGCCAAAAAGAGGUUGACUCACUUCAUUCGCCAAGCGAAUGAUCUUCGCUUCGCGGGAACAACAAAAACCACCAUCUCGCUCUUUCCUUUCUUCGGUGCUACCUUUUUCUUUCUAAGGGAUGGGGUGUAUAAUAACCUUUUUUUUAAGGAUGCCCGGGAACAACUCCUAGGUCAAUUAAGGAUAAAAUGUUUUUUCCUCUUGGGUAAGGAUAAGGUAAUGGAAUUGAGAGAUAAAUUCAUAAACCUAGGUGGGAUAGGAGAAUUGAUAAAGGGAAUAGAGAUGAUGAUAGAAAUCAUACUGAGAAACAGAAGAAUUCCGUACAGGUACAACUCUUAUUUGAACGAAAUGAAAAAAAUGCGAUCUUUGUUGUCUAAUAGAACAAAGACUAAUACCUUAAUUGAGUCGGUCAAGAUUCAAUCUGUUUAUCAAAGUGCUUCUCUGAUUGCUCAAGACAUCUCUUUUCAACUGAGGAACAAAAGAAUCGAAUUUCGUUCCAUUUUUAGUCAAAUAGUGAAGGAUAUUUCAUUAUUAAUGAAUAAAGGGGUAGAGGGGAUCCGUAUAUGUUGUUCAGGUCGAUUAAAAGGCGCAGAAAUAGCGCAAACUGAAUGCGGAAAGUAUGGAAAAACAUCUUGUAAUGUAUUUCACCAGAAAAGAGAUUAUGCUCCUGCGGAAGUAUCUACUCGUUACGGAAUCUCAGGUGUCAAAAACCCGAAACUCAAUCAAAAACAGAAAGAAGGAAAGCAGAAGGGAGAAGGUCUGAGGAAUUCUGUGAUUUCCGGGUCCGCAGCUGGGGAAGAAGCCGAAGGUGCAAAGAGAGCACCGGAUCUUGCAUGA